AUGGAGCGCCCGCCCCUCGCCCCCGCGACGAACCGCCCCGCCGUCGAGACGCACGUCGUCACCGAGGAGGCGAAGCCCACCCGCAGCGGGUCGCCCCUCGCAAACACGCUGCUGGGCUUCGACAGCGCCGCCGCGCGGCCGGCCGCGGAACGCGUCUGCUGCGCGCGCGCGCCGCGGCCGCCGCCGGACGAAGAGGGCGCGCCGCCGGAAGCGGAAAAAGAGGACGACGACGACGACGACGCCGAGCUCGCGCUGCUGCGCGAGCAGCUCAAGGCGACCGAGCGGGCGCUGGAGCGGCGGAAGCGCGAGGAGGCCGCGGCGACGCCGUUCCUGGCGGCCGUCUUCGAGGACGCGACGUUCGCGCCACCUGCGACGCCGACGCCGCCGACGUCGCCGCCGGGCCUCGUCGCGCCCGAGGCCGCGCGGCCCCAGGUGCAAGCCGCCGCCGCGGCGCGCGACCGGCUCGAGCAGACGCGCAAGCCGCGGCCUGUGUGGAAAUCAACCAGUGCGUCAGGUGCUCACUACGUCAUUCUCGGCAAUGACGUGGCCGCGCUGGCUCCGUCGAGCGGUGAGGAACCGACAUCGCCACGCCAUCGAUCAGGCGUCGCGUCGAUGGCGUGAAGGACGACGCGACGAUUCAGAACGUGCCGUAAAAUUUUGAUUUCCACACAGGCCGCGACGGCAGCGGCUCUCGGCGAAGAAGCAGCGCGAAACUCCGGUCAGAGUGGUCGUCGUCGACGACGAGCCCGCGGGCUGCCUCCUGCCGAGCUGCUUCGAGGAGACCAUCGAUUCCGAACAAGUCGACGUCGAAGUCUCGCGCGCGCCGGACGAGAGCAAGAACAAACUCGUGGUCAAGGUGCACCGCGCGCGGCGGCUGUUUGGGGGCGGCUAUGGGUUUGAGGCCGUCGGCGCGACGCACCCCUACGUGCGGGCGGUUUAUGGAGAUCAGACGCGCGAGACGGCGUGCCGGCGGCGGACGACGUCGCCCUGCUGGAACGAGGAGCUCACCUUCGAGGCUCGCGGCGCGACGACGGUCAAAUUGCUGUUCUACUCGCGCAAUACGUACAUGGCCGACUCGCUCCUCGGGGGCUGCGUCGUCGACCUCGGCGCGCGCCCGGAGUUCUCGCUCGGCGCGCCGCGGCCGCUCGUCGAGAAGUCCUGGUUUAGCGUAGAACCCGAGCGGCGGGCGGCGGGGCCCGAGGACUUUUUGUACAGACACCGGACCGCCCUCGGCAGCGUCGAGGUGUCGGCCUACGCCUACCGGGCACCUUAAAUACAGAGUCACAUUG